CACCCCUACAGGCUGUGACAUCAAGAUCAAGACCGAACCAAAACAACAACACUGGCCGUGCCUCAAGGGUUCCUUUAGCCGCCCUGUGCUGUGUAACUCGAGGCAAACCAAGAUCUCGACGUCCUUAGGUAGUCCCUCCGGCCAAGUGCCAGCAUUAUAAGGAAGAGUUGCUAUUUUCCUUAUCCUGCUAGUGUCGCUGUCAUCAAGAGGCACAGCAGUCGGUUUGUGUGGUGGCACCGUUGACCAUGUCAGGCUUCAGUGGAGUGUUGAAACUCACAGAUCUUGAUGACUUCAUUGCUCCAUCACAGGAAUGCAUCAAGCCAGUCAAGGUUGAACAGAAGUCAGGCCGAGGCGUAAUUCGAAUAGAGGAUGAUGGAGGAGCAGAGGCUAUGGCAGCGCCGCCUAAAUAUGAAAAGGCAAAAAUAACACUGAAUGACUGCCUGGCAUGUAGUGGGUGCAUCACAUCAGCUGAGGUGGUCUUAGUGAAUCAGCAGAGUCAUGAUGAGUUGUACAGAGUUCUUGGUGAUAAUGCCAAUAAAGAAGAGUCAGAAAAGUUAACUGUGAUAAUGUCUAUGUCGCCGCAAGCAGUCCUCUCCAUUGCUGCCAGACACUCCCUUGGUGCUGAUGAAUGUGCACAAAAAUUAGCAAGUUAUUUCAAGAGGUUAGGAAUCCACUUUGUCUUUGAUACAAACUUUGCUCGCAGCAUAAGCCUACUUGAGGCUGAAAAAGAAUUUUUAAGAAGAUAUGAAGAAAAAGAUUCCAACCCUAAGGCUCUACCUAUGCUUGCUUCUGCCUGUCCAGGCUGGGUUUGUUAUGCUGAGAAAACUCAUGGUUCUUACAUCUUGCCUUACAUCAGUACUGUCAGGAGUCCUCAGCAGGUGAUGGGAGGUCUUGUCAAGGACUUGUGGGCUACACAGAAGGGCAUUUCUCCUGAUAAGAUAUACCAUGUGACUGUGAUGCCAUGCUUUGAUAAAAAGUUGGAAGCUUCUCGGGAUGACUUUUAUAAUGAAGUUUUCUCAACUCGUGAAGUGGAUUGUGUCAUAACUUCAGUGGAGGUUGAACAAAUGCUUCUCAAUGAUGAAGUUGAACUUGCUUCCCUGGACUUGACUCCUCUUGAUAGUGAUCUCAGCUCUGGCCCACACCUGACCUCUCACCCUGGGUCAUCAUCAGGGGGAUAUGCUCACAAUAUCUUUGUCAGAGCAGCAAAGGAGCUGUUCAAUCAAGACAUUGAUGAGCUACAGUGGAAAGUGUUAAGAAACAAUGAUUUCCGUGAGGUGACCCUUGAAGUGAAUGGUGAGACAGUGCUUCGCUUUGCUCUUGCCUACGGCUUUCGCAACAUUCAAAAUCUUGUACAGAAGCUCAAGAGAGGAAAGAGUCCCUACCAUUAUGUUGAAGUUAUGGCAUGUCCUUCAGGGUGCUUGAAUGGUGGUGCACAGAUCCGCCCAGAGAGUGGAACAUCAGCCAAAGAAUUAGUGGCAGAGCUGGAGGAGAUGUAUGGUUGCCUCCCUUCAUCUAAGCCUCAGGAUGAUCCACGGGUGAUGUCAUGCUACUCAGAGUGGCUUGGGGGCCAGGACUCCCAGAAGGCCCAGCAGAUGUUACAUAGUAAGUACAAGGCAGUAGAGAAGAAUGUAAAUGCUCUUGGAAUUAAGUGGUAAUUGUUUUCUUCAUUAGUUAGUCACAGAAAUCAGGUGAAGAAUAUCAGGGAUCUAAGAUAAGUAGUGAAUUCUUAUCAUAUGUUGCUUGUGCUCCUUGUCUACUCUAUGGCUCUGAGGAAUGGACACUAAAUAAUGACUUGAAGAGCAGAGUUGAUGUCUUUUGAUCAACAGUGUCUAUGCAGAAUCAUGGGAUAUUGCUGGAAUGACUGUCAUACUGGUGAUUAUUCCAUGAGACUGAACGUGCAUAGUCUGUGAAUGCCAAAUCCUGGCUAUAUGGGCAUGUGGCACGCUACCCAGAAGUCACCCUUGCUCACUGGGAUAUUUCUAUGAGUAACAAUCAAGAGCAGAGGAGGCCAAGGGGAUGCCCACAAUGUUUGCAGCUAGAGCAUUAGGUGAUGGGAAGGGGGCUUAUGUAGAGACUUUCCUGGAGGGACCACAGGGUUGAUGUCAUGUGGUCAGUGAGGUGAUGUGCUCCCCCAGCAUAUAUCCUUAUUGCUUGACUGACUGAUCUGUACCCAAUAAAGUAAUGGUAUGGCUGAGUGAAGCAAGCACGUCAGAUGAAGUAUUUUGUAUUUUCUUUUGACCAUCAUCUCUACAUCCUUAAACUUUGAGAAUAGCAGGCAUUUGUCACAUACUAUGAAACAUAUCAUUGGAAGCCCCUCCCUCAUGAUUCAUUUAAGUACUGAUUUACUCAAUAUAUUUUCCAGUACAAAGUGUGUAAUAUUUAAAUCACAACAGUUAAAGCUAUAACUAAGGAAUACCACACCUAUGGAUUAUUGAAACAAGUGAUCAAUUUAAGACACAUCAUUAAUUUGUUCUUUAUGUAUAUAUUCUGCAUACAAAGAAAGAGUUUGUGGGAUGAGCAGGAGGGGCACUAUGUUGGCUGCUCUCAGUUAAUGCAUUCUGACUUUUCUGGUUCUUUAUUUAGUUAUGGAACGGUGUCUUUCAUACUUUUUUUUAACGUAGAGAAAUAUUGGAAUCCUCAUUACAAGAUUUUUCUUAAGAUUUUCUGUUCAAAACCAAGGUGUGUUUGAAACGAAAGAAAGUCAGUUUUGCAUCACUCUCCUUUGCCAUACCAACCCAUCUGUUUCUUCUCCUUCACCCACCCAUCUUCCUUUUCUAUAUAAUGUCUGACUUUCAUAUUUCCCUUGUUCCCUUUGUUGUCCUCCCUCCAUGAAGCCCUUUAGUACAGACAGAUUAGAGCAAGCUUGUAAACUGCUGUGUAAAUAUUGUGAGUGAGUAAACACAAAGUAUUGGUUACUACUUGUUUUUUGGAUUGUGCUUGUAAUUUUAAAAGAUUUAUAGAAAUUACUUUUAUUUUACAAAACAAAGAAAUAUAUUGAGUUAUAUUGAAA